CAGGAUCCCAUCGAGGAUAUUAUAUUCAGUCAUCCUGUCUCCUUCGGCUUCUCUUGACUAUGGAGUCUUGCUCUGUCGCCCAGGCUGGAGUGCAGUGGCAUGAUCUCAACUCACUGCAAUCUCCGCCUCCCAGGUUCAAGCUAUUCUCCUGCCUCAGCCUCCCGAGUAUCUGGGAUUACAGAUCCAUCAGAGAAGUGAGGUCACAUGGCAACCCACUGCCCCCCAAAUUGGAGAGACAGACAAGAAAAAACAAAGAAUCACAGCUUACUGGAGCAGAAACCCACAAACAGAAGCCUCUGCAGGAAUCAGUGCUAAGUCCAGAAGUUCAGAGGAGAGACAUGAGGAAGCUGAGCUUUGGCUAAGAAGCAGAGUUGGAAAUCACAGAUGUGCAGAAGAUCCACUUCUGGAGACACAUCGAAGCAAAGAAAAACCCCUGGAUACAGAGAUUUCAAUAUAAUGCCCUUAUGGAGCCCAUAGAGUUGGGAAGGGAGGACCCCAUCAAGGACCAUGAGGUUAACAAGCCAUCCCACAAUUAGCACAGUAGCUAAUUGUGACCAGAAGAAACAAAGACUUGUAGGUUCUCAUGAUUGGUGUUAUGAAAUCAGAGCAAGUUAAGUAACAAAACUUCUUGUUUAUAACUGAGUCCAAGUCAAUGGAAAGAAUCAACCACACCAGCAGUGUCUCUGAGUUUAUCCUCCUGGGACUCUCCUCCCAGCCUGAGGACCAAAAGCCACUCUUUGUUCUCUUCCUCAUCGUGUACCUGGUCACCAUAACAGGGAACCUGCUCAUCAUCCUGGCCAUUCGCUUCAACCCCCAUCUUCAGACCCCUAUGUAUUUCUUCUUGAGUUUUCUGUCUCUUACUGAUAUUUGCUUUACAACAAGCGUUGUCCCCAAGAUGCUGAUGAACUUCCUGUCAGAAAAGAAGACCAUCUCCUAUGCUGGGUGUCUGACACAGAUGUAUUUUCUCUAUGCCCUGGGCAACAGUGACAGCUGCCUUCUGGCAGUCAUGGCCUUUGACCGCUAUGUGGCCAUCUGUGACCCCUUCCACUAUGUCACCACCAUGAGCCACCACCGCUGUGUCCUCCUGGUGGCCUUCUCCUGCUCAUUUCCUCACCUCCACUCACUCCUGCACACACUUCUGCUGAAUCGUCUCACCUUCUGUGACUCCAAUGUUAUCCACCACUUUCUCUGUGACCUCAGCCCUGUGCUGAAAUUGUCCUGCUCUUCCAUAUUUGUCAAUGAAAUUGUGCAGAUGACAGAAGCACCUAUGGUUUUGGUGACUCCAUUUCUAUGCAUUGCUUUCUCUUAUAUACGAAUCCUCAUUACGGUUCUCAAGAUUCCCUCUACUUCUGGGAAACGCAAAGCCUUCUCCACCUGUGGUUCUCACCUCACCGUGGUGACACUCUUUUAUGGAAGCAUCUUCUAUGUCUACUUACAGCCCCCAUCCACCUACACUGUCAAGGACCACAUGGCAACAAUUGUCUACACAGUUUUGUCAUCCACGCUCAAUCCUUUUAUCUAUAGCCUGAGAAACAAAGACCUGAAACAGGGCCUGAGGAAGCUUAUGAGCAAGAGAUCUUAGGAAGCACCCUCUUGAAAAACUUGUAAGUGGAAUCUGCUCAACUUGGACCUGUUUUCUACUGGUUUCUGGUGAACGGUCAAGCUGUUGGAAGCUAGCACUUCUGACCCUUGUGAGACAAGGCUAUUGUGGGCACUUACAUCCAUUGAUGAUGACCCACCAAUUCGGCCUGUAUCUCUUAAAUCACAAUCGUUUCCUGUCUAUGGCUUCUCUUUCUUGGAAAGAUUUAUUUUUUCCACUUUCUCAUUUUCCAAAAAUUGCUUUAAUCUAAUCCUUUCCGCACGAAUAUUUCCUAAACAAAUGUCUCUCUUUUUAUUAAGGCGGAUGCUCCAAAAUUCUUCACAUUUCAGUAUAUUGCUGAAAAAUGCGUAAUUUGUAGCCAUUGAAUGUUUUUGCAAAAAAAAUUGAAAAGAGAAAGAAUGAAGGAAGAGGAG